UCAUGGUAAAGUGCAUAAUUAAUUCCGGACACUUGGCAGGGCCAAUUAAACAAACUGGUUUUAGAAUGCUCCAAAAAUAACAAUAAUCGCCGGAGAGCAAUGCCAAUUAAUACCACCUGUGGCUACUGCCGCCUUUCCCGCGCCAAGGUAAAGACACGUGAACGGGGCAAUCCGCUGAAUCACCUUUUGCCAACGCUGCGCACCACUGCCUUUCAAAGUUUGAUUUUGUGAUUUUUUUCGAAACACACUGGCAGAAUUCUCCAAGGAGAGAGAGAGAGAGUGAGUGAAUUGCGAGCUUUCGAUCGUUUUUUUCCAGCUGUUCCAUUAUGUCAAAGCAUCAAAAGCGUUCUAACACUCGCAUCGAGCGGUCGCGAUCGGUUUAAGGUGUCCAUCUAGCUUAUCGGUUUUACGUGCGCAUCUCACGUAGCAGAUAAGGGAUUUUUCCGUAAUAUCCAUAAUGACAAGUGCCGCCGAAUUACAAGGCCAAGGAUCCUAUGGAGGGUUCUACUUCGGCUUCUGCACCCUGAUCUCGCACGUUCUUCUGGCGGGGAUCACCGCAGCCAUUGUUUACAAGUGUCUGGUGCUCAAGUUGGUACACACCGCCGGACAUGCCUUCUACUGCACAAUCGCCUUUGUGUUCUUCAUGGGCGAGGCGCUUUUGGUGCGAAAUAGCACAUAUUUGGAGUCCUGGUUGGGUCCUUUGAACCUGAACCGUCUCCAUGCUGUCCUGGGUCUGUUGGCAUUCCUGGUUGGAGUCGGCGGGAUCGGCAUCAAGACGUGGCAGAAGCUGGAGCGCAAACGCGAAGAUCCCAAUGCUACCGUGCGACACUUCAAGACCAACCACGGCUUCUAUGGUAUUGUUGGCUGUGCUCUUCUGCUGGGCAGCGUUCUCAGCGGUCUUCCGCUGUAUUUCAUCAGCGGGGGCUUCACCUUGAAAACGCUCCAUCGAUUCUUCGGACUGGCUGGAUUCCUAGCUCUAAUGGUCUCGCAAAUGUUCGGCUACAACACCGGAUUCGGCCGGCGACAGUGGAAGCCGCAUCAACAGAAGCUCUUCAAGUUCUUCACAUUCAUCGCUACAAUUACGACUGCAAAUUACGAAUUUCGGAGAUUUGUACGAGAUAUUGCUGGUUGGGCGACAAAUUAUUUUAUUGGAUCGGAAGCAGCAGAAGCAAGAGAGGAUCUUUGAGGAUAUAGCAAUGAGCGAGUCUUAUUACUCUGGAAAAUCAACACAUCAGGGCGUUUUUGGGGAGGCAACCAAUUCCGCGAGAAAGUAUUGUAGAUAUAUUAAUAGCUCUCAAAUAGUUAAUUCGGAAAUGAUAAGUACCCCCAACAAGAAAUACAUUUUUAUUGUGAAUUGUGAAUUUUGUUUAUAUAAAGUUCGCAAGCGAUUUAAAUAGUAUAAAAAUUUUGUUAUCUAGUUAGUGAAGGUUUAAGUUUUCCAUGUCUACUUGACCACCUUAUCAAUAAAUACAAGAACCAAGAAUCAUUUUCA